CUCGUCGUCCUUCAUGUGGCGCGUGUCCAAGCACGUCCGCGGUAUCGCAGCGCGAUGUGUUCCUCGUUACGCCAGCAGCGUCAGCUCGAUGCCGUCAUCCAGGACGCUGCACGCGCCCGACAAGUCGGACGUGGUGGUAAUUGGUGGAGGUGUUGUCGGCACGAGCAUUGCGUACCACUUGGCAAAGUAUGGCGCGAAGAACGUCGUGUUGCUUGAGAAGACCGAAUUGACUGCCGGGUCGACAUGGCAUGCUGCGGGUCUCGUGACGUAUUUCAACCCGGGAAUCAACCUGAAGAAAUUUCACAACUACAGCUUGAAUUUGUACAAGUCGCUUGAAACAGAAACCGGACAGAGUGUGGGGUUGCAUACGCCGGGAAGCAUUCGCAUCUGCACGACCCCCGCACGUAUGGAUGAAGCCAAAUACCAGCAAAGCCGCCAGAACUGGCACGACGCCUUUCAAUCGAUUAUUGCUCCCGACGAGAUCGCAGCAAAGCACCCGCUUCUCAACAUGGACGACAUUUUGGGCGGGAUCUAUACCACCGGCGACGGCCACAUCGAUCCCUACAGCGUCACGAUGGCCCUUGCGCAAGGCGCCAAGCUCCAUGGCGCGCAUAUCUGCCAGCAUCUACCGGCUUUGGAACUGUCGGAGCGGUCGGAUGGGACGUGGGACGUGUCCACCGCCAACGGAAUUAUUCACGCCAAGACUAUCGUCAACUGCACGGGGUUUUGGGGGCGCGAACUGCUCCAGGGGUCGCUUAACGUGGACUUGCCCCUUGUCAGUAUCGAGCACCAAUACGUGAUCACAAACUCGAUUCCCCAAGUCACGGCUCGAGGCGCGAAAGAAUUGCCCGUCAUUCGCGACCUCGAAGCGUCGUACUACCUCCGGCAAGAGCGCACGGGCAUGUUGGUUGGCCCCUACGAAGCCGGCCACCUCAUGAAAGUGCGCACGGACUGGCAAGCGGACGGCGUGCCAAGUGGCUUUGGCAAGGAAUUAUUCCCGCCCGACGUCGAUCGCAUUCUUCCACAUCUGGAAGCGGCCAUGCAUCGCAUGCCCGUGCUCGCGGAUGCUGGCAUUCAAAACGUGACGUGCGGUCCCAUCUGCUACGCCCCCGACGCGCUUCCUCUCGUGGGCCCUCUUCCCCACCGCAAGCUGCGCAACGUGUUCAUCGCCAACGGCAUGUCGUACGGCAUUGCUCACGGCGGCGGUUGCGGCGAUUACGUCGCAAAGUGGAUCCUCCACGGGGAACCUCCGUACGACUUGACUGAAAUCGACCCUGCUCGAUAUGGAGCAUGGACGACGCCAGCAUUUACGGCCGCCAAAGCACGAGAGAGCUACGGCGACAACAACUUGAUCACGCAUCCGAUCUUGGACAAACAAGCGGCGCGACCAACGAGCCGACUGUCGCCGCUGUACAAGACAUUGCGUGAGCACGGGGCGCAGUUUGGUUUGCACUCUGGGUGGGAAGUCCCGCACUGGUUUGCCACGACCCCGAACGAAGUCGGCCACGAACACAGCUUUUACCGAACCAAUUCGUUUGCCCCAACGAAGCGAGAGUGCCGCGCCGUGAUGGACCGCGUCGGUGUGAUCGACUUGAGUUCGUUCGCCACGUUUGAAGUGCACGGGCCGGGUGCCCGCGAUUUCUUGGAGCACGUGUGCUCCAACUCGAUUCCCAAGGUGGGGCAAUCGAUUCGCAUAUGCCACAUGUGCACCCCCGCGGGCCGCGUCAUGGGCGAGCUCACCAUCACGGCGCUGGCGGACGACGCAUUUUACGUCGUCACGGGCGCCGGCUCCGAGCUCCACGAUCUCAGAUGGUUGGAUGCGUAUGCUGACAGGUUCCCGGACGUAACGAUCGACAACACGUCCGACAGCACGGGGGUGUUGGGUCUCGCGGGGCCACGUGCGGCGGCGGUCCUGGCGGCGAUUGCUGCCCCAACAAAUGGAACGAUCCCGUUCAUGAAGUUGCACACAACGCAGAUCCAAGGCGUCGACGUGCGUGUGCUCGGGUUGAGUUUCACCGGCGAGGCGGGGUACGAGGUGCACUGCCCGCUCGAACACAUUCAAACCGUGUACGAUGCGGUGUGGCGUGCUGGGCAAGCGCACGGGAUCGAAAACGUCGGGACGUUUGCAGUCAACGCGAUGCGGUUGGAAAAAGGUUUUCGCGUGUGGGGCGCCGACAUGAACAAAGAUACCACGCCGCUGCAAGCGGGGCUGCACCGAUUCGUCCAACUCGACAAGGCCACGCCGUUUGUGGGCCAGAAAGCACUGCAACAGGAGGCGCGCCAUGGAAGCUCGAAAACCCUCGUCCACCUCCACGUUCUCACCGACUGUCCGGCCCCCGGCCACGACCCGUUGGACGCGUGGGGCAACGAAGCAGUGUGGCACAACGGGAAAGUCGUCGGCAACACCACGUCCGGCGGGUUCGGCCACAUCGUGAACAAGAGCAUCGCGUUUGCGUACGUGCCGACGUCGCUCGCUGUCGAUGGCAACCACGUCCAAGUCGAACUCGUCGGGCACAAAUACACGGCGAUCGUGCACGUGCACCCGUUCAUGGAGACGCAGCCGACGCGCGCGCGCAAGCUCCAAAAGCAAAAAAUUGAAAGAAAGUAAAAUUGUCCGCUGUGGGAUUUGAACCCACGCGUACGAAUACAUCACGACCUGAACGUGACCCCUUAGACCACUCGGGCAAACGGACAUGUUGUUCCCGUAAUGCAGAUGGUGCUUUUGAAUUGGAAA